AUGUAUUUUAAUGAGCUUGUCAAUAGGAGUUUGAUACAACCCGUGGAGACAAGCAGCAGAUAUUAUAGGGUGGAAAAUUGUCGGGUUCAUGACAUAAUUCUCGAUUUCAUCAUAUCCAAGUCCAUGGAACAGAACUUUGUUACUUUACUUGGUGUUCCCAAUCUGUCCAUUAGGACACAAAGCAAAGCUUGUCGGCUUGCUUUGCACGCCGGGGAGCAUGGAAAUUCUUCGACACCAACAGGCAUGGUACUGUCGCAUAUCCGGUCACUUAAUGUGUUUGGGAAUUCUGUGGAGAUCCCUUCUUUGGAUGAGUUCAUGCAUUUGCGUGUGCUAGACUUUGGAGGUUGCACGCAAUUGGAAAAUCACCAUCUAGUAAAUAUAGGGAGGUUGUUUCAGUUGAGGUAUUUAAACCUGAGAAGGACAAGAAUAAGUGAGCUUCCAGAACAAAUCAGUUAUGCACGGUGCUUACAAAUGUUGGACCUUAGGCAGUCAUAUGUACGUGAACUACCUGCAUCUAUUGUCAAUCUCAGAAAUUUAUUGCAUCUACUUGUAGACAAUGAUGUUAAAUUUCCUGGUGAAAUCAAGAAGAUGCAGUCACUAGAGACAUUGAAAGGGGUCGAUGUCUUGAAUCAACCAAUAAAAUUUCUGCAAGAACUCGGCCAGCUUAAGAAUCUGAGGAAGCUGCACCUGGAUUUUGAACAUGAUUCUGCCAAUGGGGAUACAGCAAGGGUUAAGGAUUGCACAAAAGCUAUUGCUUCUUCUCUCUGUAAACUAGGCACACACAAUCUCCGCUCUCUUACUAUUCUUGAUGGUCAUAGCUUCUUACAAGCACCACCCUGCCCUGCUCCACUUAGCCUCCAAAAACUUAUGACCUGGCAAUCAGCCAUCCCGCAGGUUCCGAAUUGGGUGAGCUCCCUUGUCAACCUGCAACAUUUACGCCUUGAAGUGAAGGGAGUUGGGCAGGAAGAUCUUCACAUCCUUGGAGGAUUACCUUCUCUGUUGGUUCUGGACCUAGAAGGAACAGCACCAUCUAAACAUAGGCUCAAAGUGAGUGGUGCGGUUGGGUUCCGAUGGUUGAAGUUUUUCUAUUAUGAUGCAAAUUUCCAUUCAAUAGAUUUGACAUUUGAGGCAGGAUCCAUGCCCAAACUAGAAAAUCUUGAGAUUCAAGGCACACUUGAAAUAGGGUCUCUAGAUUUGGGCAUCGAGAACCUCCCCUGCCUUGUUACUGUCAAAUGUAAAAUAGUUGGUAACGCUGGCACAUUUGUGGCUGCAAUGGACACUAUGGAGAUAGCAGCCAGUGCACAUCCCAACCAUCCUAUUCUACUCAUUGGGCGGCCAUGA